AAAAUACAAAGUGCCUUAUUUAUUUUAGCUUUCCCCUCCAAAGUCCCAAAACUCAGCAAAACUAUCUCAAAAUCCCGAAUCAACCCCUCAAAGUCUCAAACCCGAUGAUGGAAGAAUCAUCAUCAAAGCAGCAACGAUCUGAUCAAUCCCACAACUCCUCAACCCGACCCGACCCGAUCCUCCAAAAACCACCGGAAUCAUCACCAGCCACGAAAUUCUCGUUCCCGAGACUCCUCCUCUGGUUCGAUCAAUCAAAUCGCGUUAAAACUCUGCUCUCAUGGUCCAUCUUCUUCCUCCUCGCCGUCAUCGUCCCAAUGAUCUCACACUUCUUGCUACGUUGCGCCGACUGCGAUUUCAAACACCGCCGUCCUUACGACGGUUUGGUUCAGCUCUCGUUAUCGAUCUUCGCCGGAAUCUCGUUCGUUAGUCUCUCGGAUUGGUCCAAGAAGUAUGGUAUUCGAAGGUUCCUAUUCUUCGAUAAACUUAAAGAUGUGAACGAUAAAGUUAGGAUCGGAUACGAAGCUGAGAUCCAGAGAUCAAUGAAGCUACUAGCUAUCUUCGUCCUUCCAUCGGUAACGCUACAAGCUAUCUAUCGUAUCUGGUGGUAUGCUUCAGGCUUCAACCAAAUACCUUACAUCAUUAACCCAAUGCUGAGCCAUGUUUUAGCCUGUACACUUCAGCUCUCGUCUUGGCUCUACCGUACAUCACUCUUCAUCAUCGCUUGUAUCCUCUACCAAAACAUCUGCCACCUUCAAGUCCUCCGCCUCGAUGAAUUCGCCCGCUGCUUCGCCUCUGAGAUCACUGAUUUUAGUUCCAUACUCGCUGAGCAUCUCAAAAUCAGGCGUGAACUGAAGGUUGUUAGUCACCGUUUCAGGCGGUUCAUUGUUUUGUCAUUGUUCUUCGUCACUGCCACUCAGUUCAUGGCUUUGCUUACCACCAUUAGAGCUAGUAUUCCGUUUAAUAUCUAUGAAGUUGGCGAGCUCGCGUUAUGUUCCAUAAGCUUGGUGUCAGGGCUAUUCAUAUGCUUAAAAAGUGCAACACAGAUGACUCACAAAGCUCAAUCUGUUACGAGCAUCGCCACAAAGUGGAACGUGUGCGCCUCUUUAGAUUCAUUUGAUGUUCUUGACGACGGUGAGACUCCUAAAUGUCCAACGACCGUACAACAUUCUCAGAUUUUAUCGCGGCGUCGUAAUGUUAUUCAAUCAUCUGAUGAUGAUGAAGAAGGAGAAGGAGAUCACGAUGAUAUUGAGAUACAUCCAAUCUAUGCCAGCGCCGUUUGUGCUCAGAAACGUCAAGCUCUAGUGACCUAUCUAGAGAACAACAGAGCUGGGAUCACAGUUUACGGAUUCUUGGUGGAUAAAACAUGGUUGCGUAUGAUCUUCAGCAUCGAGCUUGCUCUUCUUCUAUGGCUUCUCAAAAAGACAAUCUUGAACAUAACAUGAAAACGAAACGAGUGUUCUUGCUUUCUCUCAUAACACACCACCACCAAAUUUGAAACAGAGAUGUUCUUUUUGUCACUAAGGCUGCCAUAUAACAGGUGUUUUUUGUCCCAUGUAUGUCUGCAUAGAAAUGUUUGAUAAUUUUAUUUUUGCAGUUAUAUGUAUAUGUGUAUUCAACUCAUGUUUAUUGAUUGUGAAAAAAACAGGUUUAAUAAUAUGUUUGGUCAAAUUGACGAUCGUAAGGUAAAUGUAUGAAUAUG